AUGGUGGUUUCAAGCUAUAUUUCGCAAGGUUGGCAUAGAACUUUAUUAAUGGAGCACAAGUGUUCAACAUGUAAUAGCACUUUCCAAAGGAGGAGUAGUCUUUUGAGGCAUAAGCGUUACACGUGUGAUGAUAUGAAACGUUUCGCUUGUCCCUAUUGCCAACAUAAAUCGAAAUUAGCCAGUAAUGUCUAUAAACAUGUUCGUCAUUUUCAUCCUGAUUCUGAAGUUUUUACUAUUGAUAAUUAUAUGCUUUAUUUCACGACACAGACGAUGUUUGGCGAUAGGGAAGAAUUUGUGAUGAAUAAUUUUGACGACGAGAUGAAUCAUCAUCAUAAUAGUUCAACGAACAUUAGUGGAGUUAUUGGAUUUUCGGAUAGAAAAUUUCCCUGUCCAACGUGUCCCAGUGUUUUUCGUCAAAAGCCAAGUUUAACGAGGCACAUUAAAUACGAAUGCCUUCAACCGCCAAGAUUUGCCUGUCCUUAUUGCAAUCAUCGAAGCAAGAAAACGUCGGACAUUUAUGUUCAUGUUCGUAGAAAACAUCCCACUUGUAAGGUUUUUGCGAUUGAUAUUCAUGCGUUAUUGCAACUUUGUUCACUGCCAUGGUUUGAGGACAUGUGCUCAACGGGGAGGCAAAAAAAAUUACGGAUGCGAUUUCCAUGUCCCCGAUGUCAAAAGAGUUACACAACGAAAAGUGCAGUAACGGCACAUUAUAAUUACGACUGUGGAAAACCCCCUCGUUUCUCCUGUCCCUAUUGCGGAAAACUUAGUAAAAAGAAGUUCAAUGUGCAGGAUCACAUUCGUCAUAAGCAUCCUAAUAAGCCUGUUGUUUGUGGUCCAGGUGGGUUACAGUUUCCAGUGGAAUGUUUCUGGAAAAAACAAUAUAGGGAGUACAAUAUACUCACUUGCAGAUAUCAUUGUCCAAAGUGUAAUAAAGGUUAUCGAGGAAGGCAUUCUAUGAUAAGACAUUAUCGUUUCGAUUGCAAUCAACCGCCUCGUUUUAAGUGUCCUUUUUGUCCACUGAUAAGGAAACAGAUUUCGAAAUCGUGGCGACAGCAACAACAGCCGCUAGUUACAAUAGGCGAACAACAAGAACAAGAUAACGACGGCUCAUCAUCUCCAAAUCAAAAAUAUUCGUGUCCAAAAUGCAAAAAAGUUUUCUCACAAAGCUAUUCAAUGUAUAGACAUUACAGAUACGAGUGCCAUGAUUCAAUGCCACGCUUCCAAUGCCCUUAUUGCUUUCACAUUAGCAAAUGGAGAAAUUAUCAUCAGACAAGAAGUGAGCAGGUUAAUUACUCAGAGGGUAUUUUAAAUCAGUAUCCACCGCAAGGCAGUACGAAUCCAAAUGAUAAAAGCUUUCAUUGCGCUUUCUGUUUUCUUUUUGAUAACAAACCAGCGCUCCACAAUCUCCUGCGAAUUAAGAAGAUAACAGAAGUGGGCAUGGCUCAUGAAGAAGAACCAGUGCCAAUGAUGUUUCAAGAGCCCCAAAUGACAUUCAAUUGUCCAAGAUGCGGUGCUGGCUAUACGUAUGAAAAAACGCUGAAAACACACAUGAAGUAUGAUUGCGGUCAAAUUCCAAGAUUUGCCUGUCCAUAUUGCACUAAACGUGAUAAAUGCAAUUGGGAAUACGUACACUGGAGCUCGUCAAAUCUGCAAUGUCCGAAGUGUAAUAAAUCCUUUAGGAGAGUGAAGGAUCUAAACUAUCAUGUGAAACAUUUUUGUGGUUAUGGCUGUCGAUUGAAAUGUCCCUACUGUCCCAAACUUGCGAAGCAUUCAGGAAGAAUUUAUUUACACUUGGCGAAAUAUGCAACUCUGCACGCCGCUGAACAAUCACGUGAAAAUUUCAGCGAUGGAAAUCCUAGAUUUAAAUACUAUCCCAACGAGCACAAACGAUAUGAGUGUUUAAAUUGUUCUCGUCGUUUUACUCAGAAAACAACAAUUUUGAGGCAUUUGCGUUAUUUUUGUGGACAGGGUCAUCAAUAUAAAUGCCCCUAUUGUCACAUAAAAGCCUCAUGCUCGAGUAAUAUUUAUAGACACGUCAGGGCAAGGCAUUCUGGAAAGGAGGCUCGUUCAGUUAAAUUGUUUUCAUUGAAACGUGAUCCAAUAGCCACGUUAAUGACGAAUAUGAGCGGAAAAUUGGGAUCGAGGAGAAAAAAUUCAAAUAUCGAAGCGCACAAGGCAGAUGUCAGGGGAAAUUAUGAAUGUCCAAAGUGUCAUAAUUCGUACAGAUGGUAUAGAGGAUUGCAUCGGCAUUUGAAAUAUGAAUGCGGAAAAAAUCCUCGAUUCCGAUGUCCCUAUUGUUCUUACAUUGGAAAACACAGAAGCCACGUUUAUUCCCAUAUAAAAACAAAUCAUCGUGAUAAUCCUGUUUAUGCUGUCGACCUUAAUGAUAGCGAUUAA